UAAAAUUUGAUGAGCAACUUAUGAAUGUGACAUCGCGACCACAGUGCAUUGCGGCGUGCAUGAACCAAAGCCAAUCAGAUUGCACGGGGAUCUCUUUUCAAGAUGGCGACGAUCCGAUAUGUUUGAUAUCAACGUCGAGUUUGACUGUAGGAAACGGAAGUUCAAAAGUUACCCAUGAACGGUCUGACCAGGAAGCCUCAACCAUGGACAGGGUUUGUUUCUCAGAUCUACUCACUGAGACCUGGUGGCGUAUCCGUCAAACACUGGAGGACGGCAGGACUACUGUAGAUCUCAGCGCUCGCCGUCUUGGGUCUGCCACCCACCAGCUUCAGGUUGAAUUGUUGGAUGGUCUUCCCUUUGUCACGACUCUAGAUCUGAGCUGGAAUUCCCUCCAAAGUUUGCAGGAGGAUCAGUUCAGAGGAGUUGAAAACUUGGUGGAACUAGACCUUCACGGCAACCAGUUGUCAGUGUUACCAGAGAACGUCUUCAGUAAGCUCAUCCAUCUUGGGUCAUUAAAUCUUCGUGACAAUAACUGGCGACACAUCGACUCAACUCUUCAUUACAAGCCACUUGCUCAACCACCUGUUCUCCGAAACAUUGCAAUAGAAAAAGACAACGUUCUCGUCAACUUUGACAACCCGAACGACUUCCACUCGAACAAUGAUUACCAAGAAUGUGGAUGUGCGCAUUACGCAAUCGACACGACCGCUUCUGAGCAUGUCAUCAUCCGGGAACUUUACUAUGACCUUGGGAAGCUCAAUGACUACCUGAAUACUCCGAGUGUCAAGAAGGUCUCCAUCUUCGCGCAGACGGUAGUGCUGAAGCAGACGAUACCAGUGUCUGUGCACUUCGACUUGGAGAUUGUCACGAGGGAAUUUUGGAUGGACGCUCAAGCUGCUUUUCAGUUUGAUUUUCAUUUUGUUGAUACGAAGUUGCAUGGAUGUGAUGUGUGGUUCAGUAGGAGCAGCCUACAGACCGGAUCGCUUACCACAGUCAGGUACAGAUAUAAGACCACAUACACCGUCUACAUUGAGGCAAUGACUAUACAUGCGCCUUUCACUUGUCAUCCAGACUUCGGAACCAUAGAUGAUGCAAUACCAGGUCCAGAUCAUCACCAACUGAUGACGUCAACAUACUGCGCCCGCCAGCUAAUGGAAAGUGUCGAAAAGAAGCUGAAAACCAUCCGAUCCAGUUUACCUUGGAAAGUGAUGACCUACGUCAAGGCCGUAACAUCACAGGUCAGGUUAUCACAUCAUGAGAAUCUGAAUCAAUCAGCAGCAGUUGCGAACUUGGCAACAGAUCAGCUGAUCGACUGGGAAACCGCCAGAGCGAAGAAUAUUCGAACUGUCCCGUACCUUUCUUCUCAGGCGCUGAAAGAGCAUCUGGGGCUGGUGAAGGACUUGCUGGAAACCUUUGACAGAGAAUGGAAACAUCUUGAAAAUGCGCAGCUUCACCUGGAUUCCAGGUUGAUUGCUGCUAAAAUCAUCAUUGGCAAAUCCAAACUAUCGCUAGUAGAGAGGGAGAUGGACUACAAUGCUACUGUUAACCAGUUCCAAAUCUCAGUGAAGACUCUAGCGAAGAUACGCAGCCAAUAUUACUUCAGCGUGAAAGUAUUCAUCGACGCAAAGGGCGUCUUUGAGGAAGCAUUGCAACGCCUUAAGGUCACACAGAUCAUUGAGACGAUUUUUAACUUUGGGAAAGCGCUUGCAGCUGCUGCAUCUGUAGGGAUGGCUGGAAAUCCAGCCGGAGCUAUAAAGCAGGUCGUCUUGGCCAUCGUCACUCUCAUAAAGGACAUGGUGAAGCUGAUGAACAAAUUGGAAAAGCUUUUCAGAAUAACAGACCUGUUGGCUCGAGAUGUCAGGAAUAUCGACCCGAAGAUCUACGUGGAUUAUGCUGACAUUGAAGAGAUGGCAGAGUUAUCAACGAAAGUCAUCGUCUGGAAGACGAUGCGAACCACAGCUGAAAGUUUCCUAAGCGUGCAAGACUUUCAACAUGUGAAAGGUUAUGGGCAAUACAGGAAAUCGCUGCUGGAGGUUGCCCAGUGGGGUGAAGCCCUCAGCCGCGAGGCCAUCAAGCACGCAAGACUAUCUACACUGGUUAUAAGCAAAAGAUACCAAGUUGCUCUCCUGAAUUCGGAGUGGAAAAAACUACAACUCGUCUACCAGCACGCGCAAAAGAGUCACGCCAUCACCUCAGAAUUACUGUUGCAGACCAAAUUUGAGGCGUUUAAUUACCAGUUGCUUGCCAUCGAUAGUUUGGAGACGUAUUGUAAGAGCCACUUCUAUUACUAUAUGAAAGAGUGUAGUACAACCAUAAGACCGAGAUUAGCAGAUUCACUCAACAGCAUUGCAAUAAAGAUCCAACAAGCGAAGCUGUUGCAAUUCACGGUUUUGUCCGGGAUGACUUGCCCCGUCCAGAGCACCAAUCUACGCGUAUCGUUGGUAGACCAGGUUCCACCAGACCAGUGCAACAGCAAGAUAUGCCCGGUCAAGCAACUCAAGGAGAACCGCGAAACACUCUUUGAAAUUCGCCUUGAUCGUCCCGAGUUUGCCAAAUAUCAGCGAAUCCGAAUCCGAGAAAUUCGCAUCUUCCUACCAGGUGUCAUGAUAAACAACACUAGACAGGAGCUGAACAUCCGUAUCUCCAACGACGGCGCCUUCCAAGACCGUUACCGCGGCAGCAACUAUAGCUUCAUGAGCAUGCCGAGGAGUUUGACCAUUAGGUAUAGGAUUGGUGCUGGCUCGUUUCUUGAACCUGGAUGCAUUGACGGAUCUCAUGCGCGAUACUUCUCUGAAAUGCCACCAUUUUCAACAUGGACGAUCAUCGUUGCUAAGGAUUCCAACCCUGACCUUGACCUUUCGAAUGUCACAGGGAUUGACAUCUUCUUCCUGGCGUAUGCGACCAGAGCGGACCAGUGCGCGAAUUUCCGCGGUUCUGGGCGAAAGCGUCUGCACUCUCCGGGACAAUCUCAUGACGACUUGGGCGAGAGUACUAUUUCACCAGAAUGUAAAAGAGAUUUUUAUUAACCAUUCAGUAGUCGAUUUUUUUCCCUAAGAACUGUGUUGACACUGCUUCAGAGCCAGCUGUAGAUAAACCCAUAGACAUUUGUAAGGUUACCGGCAGCAUCACGUUGAAAAGUCUCUUAGCGAGGUGUAAACGUCCAUGUAAAAGUUGAUGAGAAAGUUGGCUUGACGAAGUGCACCAUCUAUUUAUAUUGGUGGAUAUCUGGGCAUUAUCCGAGUAUCUUUUUAUAUGUUUCUUAAACCAUGUAAAAGCAAUGUGUGAUGAUAAUA